AUGCCGCGACGGUUUGUUGCGGAGUACGUGACGAAGCACCUCUGUGGUGUUCGCGUGCUGGAGUCGUUGGUGGAAAACAACACCGUCACGGGUGUCAUUGGGACGCACAAUGGCUCCUUUCACUGCGAUGAGGCCAUGGCAUGUGGACUGCUGCGCUGCAGCCCAAAUUUUGCCCAGUCAAGUAUCCUCCGCUCACGCGACCCGAGUGCGUUGGAGCAGUGCAACAUUGUGGUGGACGUUGGCGGCGUCUACGAUGCCGCGACGCUGCGCUUUGACCACCACCAGCCCUCGUUUCACGGCACUAUGACAACCCCAAAGGCGACCUACCACACCCGGCUCUCGUCUGCGGGGCUCGUGUACAAGCACUUUGGGCGCGAGAUUAUUCAGAGCUACGUGGCGUCCGCCUUGGCCUCCCCGUACCGCGCAAAGCUGCUGGAGGCCACGAACUGGGCGGCGGACAGAAAACAGCUGUCGGAGCAGGAGCUCGACACCCUGUUCGACGUCAUUUACAAGAACUUCUUGGAGCACAUUGACGGCAUCGACAACGGCAUCGACGCCUACGGCCCUGCCGAGGUGAAAGGGGAGGAGGGCGCCGGCGCCGCCGCGUCGUCGUCGUGUGUGCGGCGGUACACGGUCUCGACGACGCUUUCAGACCGCAUCGGACGCCUCCUGCCGUGGUGGAAUGAGGAGGGGAACGGCCUGGUGGAGAGCGAGCGUGCCGCCUUUCUGCGGGCGGUUGAGUUGGCGGCGGUUGAGUUUUUUGAGGCGGUCCACUACCACGCCUUUGCGUGGCUGCCGGCGCGCAGGAUUGUCGAGGAGGCAUUUCUUGCCGCCGUGAAUGUGCACCCCAGCGGCCGCAUCGUCGUCUUCAAGGACCGCUUCUGCCCUUGGAAGGAUCACCUGCUGGAGUUGGAGGCGGAGCACGGCAAGGUGGGCCACAUCCUCUACGUGCUCUUCUCGGACAAGAAAAGCUGGCGCGUGCAGGCGGUGCCGACGGUGGCGUCCGGGUUUGAGUGCCGCAAGCCGCUGCCUUGGCGGGGCGUGCGGGAUGAGGAGCUGAGCCAGGCAAGCGGCAUUGACGGCGGCAUCUUUGUGCACGUCUCUGGCUUCAUUGGCGGGAACAAGACCUACGACGGCGCACUGCAGAUGGCAGUGAAGGCGCUGACCACCGUCAGCUGA